AUGUCGAGCGAUGGCGGCGGCGAAGACCUGCGAUGUGCUGUAUGCAACGAUCGUACCACGGGUAAUCACUUUGGAGUAACUUCGUGCAGGUAUGUUGUAUUCACUUUAUAUUAUAUAAUACUACAUAUCAUAUUACGUUUAUUUACUACUUUAAUAUAUAUAUAUAUAUUUUUUUGUAAACACGGUCUACCUUACAUAUAUACGACUAUGUAGGAGUUUAAUGUAUUGUUAUUGUAAUUAUUGUUUAAUUUUAGGGCGUGCGCAGCGUUCUUUCGUCGUUCUACCGUGACCAAUCGCCGUUACAUUUGUCGAUUUGGCGACAGUUGUGAUAUUGGUAAAGGUAAGUGAUCAUUUCAUAAUUCUUUACGAUUUUUAGACCAUUUUUACCACAAUAAAAAUAUAUAAGUCCGCUUUUACUACAGCAAACAUAUCUUAUUCAUGUUAUUAUAUACAGCUAAUCUUACGUUUUCAGACAUUAGAUGUUGUUGCCGCGCCUGUCGUAUGAGGAAAUGUCGCGAGGUUGGGAUGCGACCUGACCUAGCUCGUGGUGCUCGCGACACCCCGACUGGUCCCGGCCAUGUACGAUCUUCUGAUUCCCUGGAUUCUUCUGAAAACAACUCACCUCAAGCUCCCGACCCGCAGAUCCCGUCUCUUUCCUUCAACCCUCCACCUACUACAACAUACGCUUCUCAGCCCACCACUUGGACUGUGCCAAUCAUACCGACCUCGAUGAAUGCCGUCUCCACCUCCAACAUUCAACUAGUCCCAACUGGUGCAGUUAACUCACCGGUGGGUCAGACAAGCCUCGACGAAAACCGCUUCCAGUCCGUCGAAGAGAACGGCCGGACCUUGACUGUGCUGGAGUCUGCCGCUUCAGCUCCAUCCACCUCGGUGCCGUCGCCUCUGCCAUUGAACAUGGACUUCAGUAAACCAGUAUCAUACCACGUGCUUCUGGAGGCGGCGUUGAACAGAAUCCGCGGUCUAACGGGUAUCAACAAUCAGAUCAACGAGACCUUGUUCAAUCAGAAUCAGGAAGCCGGCUCCAACUCCAUUCUACAGAGGAUGAUUCGAGGCUACAGGAGGUUGGAGCAGCUGCGACAGUUCGGCAGAGGAGCGAUUUUGGGCAACAGUACCAAUAGGGAGCCACAUGUAAGUUGGACAUACAUACGCUUCUUAUUAGUUCAAAUGUUGUAGUUGGCAUAUUAUAGUUAGAAAUGGCAUUACAAAUAGGACGAGUUAAUAAAUGCCACUUUUAAAUAGUUUAAUGUACCAAAAACUUUAAAGUGUUUGUGUUUUCAGCAGCUGGUUGAAGGAAAUUACCUCGAUGACAUGGAUUAUAUACGAAAUGACCUGCCGUUGGUGUUACAGAUGAUCGAUGACUACUUCUAUCCUAUCGCCAACUUUUCUCUAGAUGUUAAGGUAAGAUACGAUUGGAAAUUAUGGUAAAAUACUCACUUUUGUCUCAAAACUAAUUUUUAAUAUAUCAUUUCAACUUAUAUAUUACCUAAAAUCUAUCUAAUUGUUACCUAAAAUAUCAUAAAAAUAGAUCCAAUAUUCGUUAAGCCUAACAUAUGACAAUAAACAUCUAAACAUAUCACACUUUUAGUGGGCAUUACUCCGCAACUUCUUCUGUCCCUUCGUGAUGGCCGAACGUGCCUUCCGCACGUCACGGUACAUUCCGGAAUCAGAAGAACAGUGGCUUCUGAUCAGUGCCGACAAAUACAUAAAUUACCGUGCCAUGGAACGAUUCUGUGAUGUUCCAAAUUGUAAAAUCGAACCAGCAAGACUAGCUCAGAUUGUGACUCCAACUAUGAGCAAGAUAUUAACCAUCUUGUUAAAGCCGAUGAGGAAGUUGAAGUUGAGCGAAGAGGAGUUCGUCGGGCUGACUGGACUGCUUUUCUGGAAUGACAGUAAGUUUUUGAGCUUUGAAAUGUAAGGUUAUUUUUAAAAAUGUAAAGAAUCGAUUUACACGCAAAAUAUUAUAUAAACUACGUCUAAAAUAACAUUAUUAACCAACCUAACUCAAUAUAAUUGUAGCCCUGACCUCGUUAUCCGAAGAAGAGACUCGCCAGGUAUUCCAAGUCCAAGAACAACUCAUCAGCGAGCUGUGUGGUGUCUGUGCCAGAAAUGCUCCACCAAACACGGACUCGACCAGUCGAAUGGGAGUUAUUGUCAACUUGGUACCGUUAUGUGUCAGGCUAGCCAAUGAAACCUCGAAUUGUUGUUCCUUGGUCAAUAUGACACACGCUUUCGACUUCGACCACUUCUUGACCGCUUUCAUGCCUCAGCUUAUCUAA